GUAUUGAAAUGUGUGUACACAUAAAAUAACCUGGUAGACAUGGGUAUUAAUAUAAGUAGGUACAUGUAGACGGUAGGAAUGUUAGGAAGUGCUUAGAUCCAUAAUGUGGGCUGAAAGUACCAUCUCCACUAUGUCCGACAACGGCCGCCGACAACCCUCCGGGACAUAUCCGAGGCGUCUUUAUCCUAGAUAUAUAUACGUCAAUUCUGACGUCUAAAGACUCCUCAGUCGUACCAAUGUCAGUUUCUCGCAGGAUACUAUCUACCUCUCCCCGGCUGUUUCAAUCAGUAACCCGAUUUGUGAAUCCCCAACCCGCGUCCCGAAUCCCCUCUUUCGCCGCAUUCACCACCCCAAUUCGCACCAUGGCCGACAUGACCCCAGUUUUCAGCAAAGAUGCUGCCCCUCCUGCGGGCCCUUACUCCCACGCCAUCAAGACGCCUACAGCCAUCUACUGCUCCGGCUCAAUUCCCAUGGACUCCCAGGGUAACCUCAUCCAGGGCUCAAUUACUGAGCAGACGACCCAGGUCUUCAAGAACCUCAAGGCUGUCUUGACAGAGGCUGGCUCUAGCCUUGACAGGGUUGUCAAGGUCAACAUCUUCUUGGCUGAUAUGAGCGCUUUCGCCGAGAUGAACGAGGAGUACGCCAAGUGGCUAACCCACAAGCCUGCCCGCAGCUGCGUCGCCGUGAAGACGCUUCCCAAGAACGUCGAUGUCGAGAUUGAGUGUAUCGCUCUUCCUUGAGGAGGCUGGAAAUGGAAAUUGUCUCCUUGAAAAUGGGACAUGUGACGCGUGCUCAUGUUAUUCAUUGCCAGCUGCUUUAAAGAAUAUAUGGGCUCGUAGCUCGUCUACCAUUUCAACAACUCGUUCUCUCAUUCGCGCCUUUCAUCGUGCCAUUUUCUUGCGUGUAUCCGGAAUAUGGUUAGUGCUCCUUUCGUGAAUCUUCUUCAUACCAUGUGAACCGGAAAACGAGACUCAAUACUACGGCCAGGAUGAUGAAGAGCAUACUCAAGUAAAGUGACCGGAAGAAAAACCAGCUGAAAUAAUGUCUAUCGUAAAUCAUUCUAUUAUCUGUGAAAACUCGACAGACGAUGGGGCAGAGCAAGAGCUUAGCAGAAUGGCGAAUCGCAGGCUUCGGUUGCUGGACUAAGGCAGAAUAUGUUAAUAGAUGAUUAUAUAGGCCGCCCCCUUAAGUGUAGUACGCGUUGCGUAAGGGGGAGUCAACGCGUAAGGGGGACGUCAACGCGUAAGGCGCCUGGGGCGUUUGGGUAGCUGGCACCGUUAUCGUGAGAUUAGUUAUAAGGGUAAA